CAAAACAAAACAAAACCCAAGACAUAACAAUCGAUUUUUGUUGAGCUGCCCAUAUAUAAGCAGCCAGGUCCCUCGCGAUUUGAACUCAGGCCGAGUUUGUGAAUUUACACACAUAUACCUUUUUCUAUCAUACCUUUACCCUAAAAUCCUGUAAUCAUGGUUGGCCUUGGACCAAAGAAGCCGCCGUCUCGCCAAGGGUCGAGCACCGAUCUACCCAAGGAUCUAGCCCAAGAGGUUAAGCGCCUCGAGGGCAUGUUUACUGUGCCGCAAGAGAAGCUCAAGGAGAUCACCGAUCAUUUUGUGAAGGAGUUAGCCAAGGGCCUUACCGUAGAGGGUGGAAGUAUUCCAAUGAACCCAACAUGGUGUAUGGGAAUGCCAGAUGGAAAUGAACAAGGCCGCUACUUGGCACUGGACAUGGGAGGAACCAACCUGCGAGUUUGCGAGAUCACUUUGACCGAGAAGAAGUCCGAAUUCGAUAUAAUCCAGUCUAAGUACAGGAUGCCGGAAGAGUUGAAGACAGGCGAGGCUGAUGAGCUGUGGGAGUACAUUGCCGACUGCCUGCAGCAAUUUAUUCAAACCCAUCAUGGAGAGGAAAAUUUGGAGACUUUGCCUCUCGGAUUCACAUUCUCAUACCCGGCAACACAAAACUAUAUUGACCACGGUAUCCUCCAGCGCUGGACUAAAGGUUUUGACAUCGAUGGAGUAGAGGGAAAGGAUGUGGUCCCUCCAUUUUUGGAUGCGUUGAAGAAGAGAGGUGUUCCGAUUAAUCUUGCCGCCUUGAUCAAUGAUACCACUGGAACAUUGGUUGCCUCAGCAUACACUGACACCACGAUGAAGAUUGGCUGCAUUUUCGGCACUGGAUGCAACGCCGCAUACAUGGAGGACUGUGGAUCCAUCCCUAAGCUUGCUCACAUGAACCUCCCCGCGGACACGCUCAUGGGCAUUAACUGCGAGUGGGGUGCCUUCGACAACGAGCAUGUUGUCCUGCCCCGUACGCCAUACGAUGUUGUCAUUGACAAGGCAUCGCCACGCCCUGACCAACAAGCCUUCGAAAAGAUGAUCGCUGGCCUCUACCUCGGCGAGAUCUUCCGCACUGUCCUUGUUGACCUGCACGACAACAAGCACGUGAACAUUUUCGACCAACAGAACAUCGACAAGCUCCGCAAGGCAUACACUUUGGACUCCUCAUUCCUCUCUGCCAUCGAGGAAGAUCCAUUUGAGAACUUGUCUGAGACCGCAGAGCUCUUCCAAGCAAGACUCAACCUCGCGCCCUCGAUGGCCGAGCUCGAGCUCAUCCGCCGCCUCGCCGAGCUGAUCGGCACGCGCGCCGCCCGCCUCUCGGCCUGCGGUGUCGCUGCCAUUUGCAAGAAGAAGGGCUACGAGACGUGCCACGUCGGUGCUGACGGAUCUGUCUUCAACAAGUACCCCCACUUCAAGGAGCGCGGUGCGCAGGCUCUGCGUGAGAUCCUCGACUGGCCUGAGAAGAAGGCAGGCGAGAGGGACCCGAUUGAGAUCCUUGCUGCUGAGGAUGGAAGUGGUGUUGGAGCUGCCCUCAUCGCCGCACUGACUCUCAAGAGGGUCAAGGCUGGCAACAUGGCUGGAAUCCAGCACCCGGAGAACUACAAAUGAGCGCCUUUAGACGCCUAGCAAGUGUCGUUUCAACGAAAUUGCUUGAAUUUUAGCUUCGUGGCAUAGCCCACUUGUAAAUAGCAGAUUUGCUGGAAUACAAGGGGACGUUGGCACCUUGGGGCUACAUGACCAAAAAAACACGGGAUGUUCGUUAUUGUCAGGCUAUAUAAUAAGAAAAGAUUAGAGAAUGCUUGGUAUUGUCUGGCUACAUAGCAGAUAAGUUGAAGAAUCUACUUUUUUUCAAGCC